AUGAGCGCUGAGAAUAGUAAUAGCAACAGCUCAGAUAAUUUGAGCGUUCCGGGCUCUAGCGGGGGAGCAGGGUCCAAGAAACCAAGAAACUUACAUAUUGCACAUAGACGUUCGCCAAGCGAGUUAACUACGCUUAUGGUAGAGCAAUAUAACCUCCAACGUCAAUUGGAAGCGGUUCAAUUGCAGCAGAAGCAGAUAUUGCAAGCGCAACAGAUGACACAACAGUAUAGUUAUCCGGCGAAAAAUAGCAACAACACUGGAGGAGGCAAUACGAACAAUAAUGCCUCAGAAUUGAUGCCUCCACCAUCCAACUACCGUUCACAUUCAAGAUCGUCUUCGAUAAAUUCGAAUAGUGGGGGUAGUGGCCAGGGCCACAGAAGAACUGGAUCAGCCUCGAACCAAAAUUUGGGUCACAACAGAAGACAUUCUUUGGGAUUGAAUGAAGCAAUCAAAGCUGCUGCUAACCAAAGACAAACAAAUAGAACAUCAUUGAGCCCUACCGGUGAUAAUUCUAGUUCUAGUCCAAAAUCUAGCGGUAGUCCUAACACCAACGACAGUAUUGGAUCGUUCAAAUUUCCUCCAAGUUCAGGCUCCGAGGGUGGCGAAAAUGAUUCUUCGUAUUCGGGUGGAUCUUCUGGAUCUACCCAUAAUAGAUCAAAGUCUUUAGCUUACGGUCAACAAUCAUUCAAAUUUCCUCCAGAAAAUAACUCAUUAUUGCCUCCAACUCCGAACUUUACGAUCAGUCAAAGUCCAGAGAGAGGACACCAAAGACGUGGUUCUCACUAUAGAUCUGGUUCUAGGAAUUUCGACCCAAAUGGUGCAGCCAAUAUGAAUACCAACUGGAGAUCUCAACAGCAGCAACAUCAGAGGCAACAAUCCUCUCAACUUGAGCCUCCGCAAGCCUCGUUUGUUCCGGGGCAUAGACCUCGUAAUAGUUCUUAUGGGGGUGGUUCGUCUAUUUCGUCAUUGUCUCAAUUUAUGCCUAAUAAUAAUGGGGCAAACGGAAAUGGAAGUGGACGUAAAUCUCUUUUUGCUCCUUACUUGCCACAAUCUUCAUUACCUGAAUUAAUCAGUGACGGUCGUUUAGUUACUGGUACUUUAAGAGUUAAUAAAAAGAAUAGAUCUGAUGCAUACGUCUCGACUGAUGGUCUAUUGGAUGCCGAUAUCUUUAUCUGUGGUUCAAAGGAUCGUAACCGUGCAUUAGAAGGUGAUUUAGUGGCUAUUGAAUUAUUGGUUGUCGAUGAAGUUUGGGAUUCCAAGAAGGAAAAGGAAGAAAAGAAGAGAAGAAAGGACAACACUUUAGGUAAGACACCAGCCACAUCAAUAUUAAACGAUGAUAUCCACAACGAUGCAACUUCGACAUCAGCUCCUACAACUAGUGGCGAAACAGAGGAUAAAUCUGAAACUGAUGGAGACUCUGGCUUGACCAGAAGAGGUUCAUUAAAACAAAGACCUACCAUGAAAAAGAAUGAUGACGUUGAAGUUGAAGGUCAAUCGUUACUUUUGGUUGAAGAAGAAGAAAUUAACGAUGAAGUCAAGCCAUUGUAUGCUGGUCAUGUUGUUGCAGUUGUUGAUCGUAUACCUGGUCAAUUAUUUGCUGGUACUUUAGGUUUAUUGAGACCAGCCCAAGCAGCACAAGCAGCCAAGGAUAAGAAGUACGGAAAGGAGCCAUCUAUCCAACAACCAAGGGCACCUAAGAUUGUCUGGUUUAAGCCCACAGACAAAAAAGUGCCUUUGAUUGCUAUUCCAACCGAACAAGCUCCUAAGGAUUUCGUGGAAAAUCACGAAAGGUACGCGGAUCAAUUAUUUGUUGCGUCGAUCAAGAGAUGGCCUAUUACCUCUUUGCAUCCAUUUGGUACAUUGAUAAGCAAAUUAGCUAAGAUUGAUGAUCCUGAAACGGAAAUCAAUUCUAUUUUAAGAGAUAAUAAUUUCUUAUGUGAUGAAUACCCUGAGGAUGAUGUUAGUGGAGUUAUAAGCUCUUACAUCAAUGAUUUCCCAAGUAUUGAAUCUGAAUUAAAUAACAUCAACAGAACAGAGUACUUGAAUGAUUAUAUUAUAUCAUUUUCUCAAAAUGGAGAAUUCGUUGAUCAUGCGUUGCAUGUCAAGAGACUUUCAGAUUCUAAGAUUGAAUUAGGAUUCCAUGCAGCUGAUAUUGCCUUCUUUAUCAAACCUGGUUCCUUAUUAGAUAGAAAGGCAAAGAAGAGAUCAUCGUCCGUAUUUUUACCUCAGAAAAUAACUCAUUUGUUCCCACAGCAAGUCAAUGAUUUAAUUUCCUUCAAGGAAAACGAAAGAAAUUUAGCGCUUUCAGUUAUUUUUGAAAUUGAUACAAAUAACUUUGAAGUUGAAGAUCUUUACAUUCAUGAAUCUAUUAUAGUGCCUAAGCAAAUUGUCAAGUAUGAGUCUUUUGAUCAAAUUUUAGACGGUAAGCAGGUUACUAAUAUAUCAUCUGCAACGUCAGACUAUAUUAAGACUUUUGGCUUGAUUGCAAAAGAGUUCCGUCGUCAAAGAUUAAAUGACAAGGACCUAGGCAUUACUCCAAACUUGACUUUAUUGGAUCAAUUAGAUGAUGAAAAGGUUAACUUACAUUUGAAUAUUUUCAAAGAUAGUCUUUCUUUUGACAUUAUAAAUGAAAUUUCACAUAAGGUGAAUAAUGCUAUUGCGGCAAAGAUCCAUGCAAGCCUAGGAGACCAGGCUUUAUUGCGUCGUCACUCAUUACCAACUUUACAAAAAAUGGAAACCUUUGUAAGAAGGGCAACUAACUUAGGAUUCAAGAUUGACACAACUAACUCGUCGACUUUGCAAAAGUCUAUCUUGAAAAUUCAAGAUCCUGUUAAAAGACAAUGCGUUGAAAUUUUAUUGUACAAGUGCAUGUCAAGAGGAAAGUAUUAUGUUGCGGGAAAGCAAGAUCCUGACAGCUAUAGCCAUUAUUAUUUCAAUAUUCCAUUAUACACUCAUUUUACUGCUCCAUUGAGAAGAUAUGCAGACUUGAUUGUUCACAGACAAUUAAAGAAUGUACUUAAUAAAACAGAAGAAGAUAGAUCGGUAGAUUUGGAUGCAUUAAAGGCAACAGCUGAUUACUGUAACUUCAAGAAAGACUGCGCAGCUAAUGCGCAAGAACAAGCAAUUCACUUAUUAUUAUCCCAAACUAUUAAUGAAAUUAGUGAAAGUGCUGGCCAAUUAUUGUGCAUGGGUACAGUCAUUCAAGUUUAUGAAUCAUCUUUUGAUGUGUUUAUUCCAGAAUUUGGUGUUGAAAAGAGAGUUCAUGGUGAUCAGUUGCCAUUAGUGAAGGCAGAGUUCGAUAAAUCAUCCAGACUCUUAGAACUUUACUGGGAAAAGGGAGUAGAUUCGGCUACAUAUAUUCCUCCUGAUGAACAGUCUUCCUUAUCGUAUAGGUCAUCAAUCAAGAACAAAUACAGAACUUCAUCAUUGCAAGCAGCAAAGAUGCAGAGCAAGACAUUAUUGGAAAAGAAUAACGUAAUGUCGGACUCAAUUGUUCAGAAGUUAUCCAAAUUGAACUUGGAAGUUCCAAAUAUAACCAUUCCUUCGAUCAAUAAAUUCGAUCUAGAAUCCAAGGAUUUGAAUACAAGAUCAAUGCCAUCGUCUCCAACUAGGUCGUCGUCUUUCCCAAGGAAUGUCAGAACUAAUUCAUCGUCGUUGAUUAAAUCAGACUCUGCUAACGGAGCGAGUGAUAUCGACGCAUUAAGUGGCUUGAAGCCAUACUUGCAGGACCUUAUUACCAGAGUUGACAAUGGUUCAUAUAUUCAAGAGAUCAGGGAGUUAACACAAGUGCCAAUCCUAAUUAGGGCUGAAAUAGGUAUGGCAUUACCUUGUUUGACUGUACGUGCUUUGAAUCCAUUCUGUGAGUAA